AUGGGACCAUUGCAACCUCUGAGCCUGGUGUGUUGGUUACUGCUGGCUGCUACCGCUCAGAUGAACGGGCCAUGGGUGAACAGCAGCUUCCUCUCAGCCACAGCUGGAGAUAACGUAACAUUGCGUUGCUUUUCUGACAAAAACGCCGGCCUUGGGGCAAAUCUUUAUUGGUACAAGCAAAGUCUGGGUAAGAAACCAACUGUCAUCUCGUCCUUCUUUCUAUACGACAAGAGGGUCGACAAGAAAACCCAAAUUCAUGAAGGAUUUGGAACCGGGGAUCGCUUUACAGUCGAGAACAACGACUCCGUCUAUAACCUGCACAUCCAGAGCGAGCAGGACGAAGACUCUCUUCACUACGCUGCUCUGAACGUUCAGUCUUCUUCCAGACGACAGAGAGUCACGGCUCAGACAGACUGUGUUUACUCCGGUGUUCACCUGUAG